GCCCGUGCAAGCACCCGGCUCGUCGCCUGCUGAUCCUCCUUCGACACAGGCUCACCGCGGAGGCAGCAGCGAGGUGUCCGAUUUGGGCACGUGAGGCCCGCGACCCGGGGCGGCGGACGCCAGCUAGGGCAGGGCCAUUGGCAUGAAGACCCCCAACGCACAGGAGGCCGAAGGGCAACAAACCAGGGCAGCUUCGGGACGGGCUACUGGGUCCACAAACAUGACGAAGAAAAAAACCUCCCAAAAGAAGCAGAGAGGCAGACCUUCGUCCCAGUCCCGCAGGAACAUCGUGGGCUGCAGAAUUUCACAUGGAUGGAAGGAAGGUGAUGAGCCCAUCACCCAGUGGAAAGGAACCGUUCUGGAUCAGGUGCCUAUAAAUCCCUCUCUUUAUCUGGUGAAAUAUGAUGGAAUUGACUGUGUCUAUGGACUGGAACUUCACAGAGAUGAAAGAGUUUUGUCUCUUAAAAUUCUUUCCGAUAGGGUGGCAUCAUCUCAAGUCGGUGAUGCCAACCUUGCAAACACCAUAAUUGGUAAAGCUGUGGAACAUAUGUUUGAGGGUGAGCAUGGUUCUAAGGAUGAAUGGAGGGGAAUGGUCUUAGCCCAAGCACCUAUCAUGAAAGCCUGGUUUUAUAUUACCUAUGAGAAAGAUCCUGUCUUGUACAUGUACCAGCUUCUAGAUGAUUAUAAAGAAGGAGACCUCCGUAUCAUGCCAGAGUCCAGUGAGUCUCCUCCAGCAGAGAGGGAGACAGGAGGAGUUGUAGAUGGCCUGAUAGGUAAACAUGUGGAAUAUACCAAAGAAGAUGGCUCCAAACGGAUUGGCAUGGUCAUUCACCAAGUGGAAGCCAAACCCUCUGUGUAUUUCAUCAAGUUUGAUGAUGAUUUCCAUAUCUAUGUCUAUGAUUUGGUGAAAAAGUCCUAACUGUUAGGGUAAACUUUGCCACAUUUGUGAGAACAAAUGUAUACUUUGUAGACGUGCAAAACAAUGUUGCUUUUCAGUGUAUUGAAAGCUUAAGGGUCCCUGUUAAUUCAACAUCUUUGCCAGCAUAACUGUUGUUUUUUUUUUUUUUUUGAAAAUACAAAUUUAUGUGGACAUGA